AUGUUUGUGUACGCGCUGGAGACGGCCGUUUUCUGCAUUUUAUUAACGACGGACACGCCUCGUCAGUUGCCUUGCAUCCCCAAGGAACAUCAUGCGAGUAGGAGCAACGCACCCAAUGCCAUGCUGAGCAACUCCCCGACUUUUCUGCUGGCCCUAACCACGGUUGCCGGACUACUCCAGCGGUGCCACGGCUGGAGCGACGAGGACCUCCUGUUACCCCCCAUCAACUCCACCAACAGAUUCUUGGCCAAUUUGGAGGUAGACGUGCACUACUCGAAGAGAUCCGUGGAGGAGAGCGAAGCCUCCUCGUCAGACACUUCGUUACAGCCAUUGCCACAGUGCAACGUCAGCGUGCAGAGACUUUUCCCCACCUCGCUGGUGGCUCGUUGGGACAGCAACUUCGGUUUCCAGUGCGAUGUGUUUAUAUAUACCGCCAAUAACAAUGGAAGGGCUUUUUUCUCUGCUGCUAUCAACAGAGCCAUCUCACCUGUUCUCAUCGAACACCUCGGAGUCACCGGCGGCCAGCAGGAGUUUAGACUGUGUGUUGGAUGUGGCAUGUCACGAUACCGGCGAUUCGGCAAGUCAAAGGCUCAGCAGACGGGGGAUCCCAUCAAUUUCUGCUGUGUUGACUUCAGCCUUGACGAACUAAAUGGGGACAAAAGUUGGAGAUUGAACCGUAAACCCAUCGAGUCAACUCUAGUGGCUUGUUUCAUGACUCUAGUGAUAAUAGUGUGGAGUGUUGCUGCCCUCAUAUGGCCGGUGCCUAUUAUUGCAGGAUUUCUGCCCAACGGAAUGGAACAGAGAAGGCCGAGAUAA